CUCGUGCCCGCGCAGGUGUACGGGAGCGCGCAGUGUUGUGCCGGUGUGGAGUUGUGGAGAAUGGAGGUCCGACCAGAGCGAUUUAAAGCUGCGGUGGCGAAGACUCUCGGAAGAAUAAACCGGGUUUUAGAGAAGCGUCAGGAGAAUGGAGAGACCAUCGAGUUGUCUGCAGAAGGUCGUCCGGAGCUUCAGGAGGAGAAAGAUCUUCCUGUGGUGGACUGCACGUGCUUUGGACUUCCACGACGAUACAUCAUCGCCAUUCUGUCAGGCCUCGGCUUCUGCAUCUCAUUUGGAAUCCGUUGUAACCUUGGUGUGGCCAUUGUUAGCAUGGUCAAUAAUCACACUGUCUACAGAGAUGGCAAACCAUACAUUGUGAAAGCUCAGUUCUCGUGGGAUCCGGAGACCGUCGGAAUGAUCCACGGAUCGUUUUUUUGGGGAUACAUCGUUACUCAGAUUCCUGGAGGUUUCAUUUGUCAGAAAUUUGCUGCCAACAGGGUAUUUGGUUUUGCAAUUGUUGCCACAUCUGUGCUGAAUAUGCUCAUUCCCACAGCGGCCCGGAUGCAUUUCGGCUGUGUGAUUAUAGUGAGAAUACUGCAGGGGCUGGUGGAGGGUGUGUCCUACCCUGCAUGCCAUGGGAUCUGGGCGAAAUGGGCUCCACCUUUAGAAAGAAGCCGAUUGGCCACAACAGCGUUUUGUGGUUCAUACGCAGGUGCAGUCAUCGCGAUGCCUUUAGCCGGUGUUCUCGUACAGUAUUCAGGCUGGUCAUCCGUCUUCUAUGUAUAUGGUACUUUUGGGGUGUGCUGGUACUUGUUCUGGGUUCUGGUGUCAUACGAGAGUCCGGCAGCUCACCCCACCAUCACCCCUGAGGAGAGAAAAUAUAUUGAAGAAGCAAUUGGUGAAUCAGCCCAACUCAUGAAUCCACUGACGAAAUUCAACACCCCCUGGCGUCAUUUCUUCACAUCCAUGCCCGUGUACGCCAUCAUCGUGGCGAAUUUCUGCAGGAGCUGGACCUUCUACUUGCUUCUCAUCAGCCAGCCUGCGUAUUUUGAAGAGGUCUUUAAAUUUGAGAUCAGUAAGGUUGGUAUGCUCUCUGCUCUUCCUCAUCUGGUGAUGACUAUCAUCGUGCCGAUUGGAGGACAGCUUGCCGACUACCUGAGGAGUCACAACAUUAUGACCACCACCAAUGUCAGGAAAAUGAUGAACUGUGGCGGCUUUGGUUUAGAAGCCACGUUUCUUCUGGUUGUGGGCUUCUCUCACACUAAAGGUGUCGCCAUCUCAUUUCUGGUCCUGGCUGUGGGGUUUAGUGGCUUUGCUAUCUCAGGGUUUAAUGUGAAUCAUUUGGAUAUCGCUCCACGUUACGCCAGUAUUCUGAUGGGUAUCUCUAACGGAGUGGGCACUCUCUCUGGUAUGGUGUGCCCUCUGAUUGUAGGUGCCAUGACAAAAAAUAAGACCCGUGAGGAGUGGCAGUAUGUGUUUCUCAUUGCUUCACUUGUUCAUUAUGGUGGAGUUAUCUUCUACGGUAUUUUUGCAUCAGGAGAGAAGCAGCCGUGGGCGGAGCCAGAAAACAUGAGCGAGGAGAAAUGUGGAAUAUUGGGAGAAGACGAGCUGGCGGAUGAAACGGAGGAGCUUUAUCGCUCUGGGGGUGGAGGCUACGGAGCAACUAUGCAAUCAGGGGACCCCAAUGGGGCGGGGACAGGAGGGGGCGGAGCUGGAGGAAGCUGGGUCUCAGAUUGGGAUAAAACGGAAGAAUACGUCCAACCAUCCAAAUAGCUUUUUGUAUGGAGGAGAACUGGAUUGGUUUUGAGGGAUUGGAAGAAUAAAUCUGAAGGGAGGGAUUGGGUGGAAAAAUGGACCCAAUAUUCCUCCAUUACAGAAACUGACAGUGGUGAGAGAACGACAAAAAAACAUGCAAUCUUUAUCAAACCUUAUAGUGAAAUCACAGCAAUAGAUUCAGCACAAGAGUAUGUGGAAGUGUGUUUGUGUGUGAAUGUUUGUGUGUGUCACUGUUGACUGGAUGUGUCAUUUUACCAUCGUAUAAAAGUCAAACCACGACUAAUCUUUACAAUCAGUUUAAGUUUAGACACACCUGCUCAUUCGUUAUAAAUCUGGCCCACAUUUGUGAAUAAAAGUUUUGAAAUUACACAUGAAUGUGUAAGAGUUAUGUAAACCAAACAAAUUCAAAUCAAGUAUAAUGUCCUUUUGUCAAAGUUUCCUCCGAAACACUUCUCACAAUCCAUUCACAAGCUUUUACAUUUUUAAGGUUUUAAGGAUCCAGAGAAGCUCAUGGUGUGUCUAAACAUUUGAAUGGUUGUGUCUUUAGUAUCUGGUUGUAAAUCUUAAAUAUCCUAAAUGUGACAUUUACGCGUGAAAAAGAUCAAAUCUUGUUUAAAUGUUUUUGUUUUUACUAUUACAAGUCAAAUAUAUAAUGCAAAAUCGAAUUUAGGGAAUUGAUCUCGUGCCAAUGCUGAGAGGUGUGCGUGUAUUGGUCCAUUUUCAAUGCAACUUAAAUUUAGACAAAUACAAUCAAAUAGAAAUAUAACCUGAGACUGUUUGGAUAAGAUUGAGAUACUCAAUGGUUUCUUUUUAUUGCUUCGUUUUUUAAAAUAUAUUUAUUCUGUAAGCACAUAGUCGUAUUAUCUUCUAUUCAGAAAGCUUUUGUGGAGAAUUUGUGUGUAUUUAAAAAAAACUAAAGAAUGUGGUACAGUAAACUACAGUCAAAUAGUCUGUAUUAUAGGUGUUUUGUAUGGGCUGUAAAUUUUUUCCAUUGUCUUAAUUAUUUCUAAUAAUUCUUUUUUUGGUGUGGUGUGAUAUUCUAGGCAUUUUAUUUCAUCCAUGUUAAAGUGAAAAAUAGAUAUCAAGAUCAAUAAUGGUUGUACAGUAAGCACAUUACUGAAAUCACUUUUUUUGCGGGCCUUUACUGGGAAUGAAUCAAAUAACCACAAAUAAUGUCAAACAAGCUUGAACCCAGAACAUUCCUUUCAUCUCUGUGAUAAAACAUAAUUUCAGCCUUCAUGUCCUUGUCUAUCAAAUGUGACACAAAUGAUGCCAAGUGCUGAACGUUUGCAAGAAAGGCUUCGUUCAGCGAUGGCAUGGUGUUUAGAAUCUGUAUUAAGAUAUGAUUUUGUCCCGAGUACAGAUGUUUGUUUCACUGAACAACAACAGAUCAACAAUGUAUUUGGAUGUGAAAUCACAUAUAUAUAUAUAUAUAGACUGAAGGAGAAUAGACCGAGGAAAAUCAUCAGAUGUUUCUACGCAGUAGUUUUUUGUCAUUGUGACAACAUUAAAGUUUAUCAGACUUUUUAUCCACAACCAAUUAGGUGUUUGGAAGAUUUGCUCUUUUGCUUUUAGUUAUUCCAGCUUGGCACUUUUUGGGGGGGGUUUGUGUACAACAUUUUAAAUAUACGCUCAAAUAUACACACUGCUUUAUAUCAACCAAGUGAAGAUCUGAUUUUGCUCUCAGACAAACAUCUUAUGAAUUAUUAAACCUGUUUUAGGAAGAGAUGUUAUUUAAUCAA